AUGGCUGUUUCUUCAUCUCCAUGGGCUCUAAUGGCUCUGUUUCUGAUGGCUUCCUCUACGGUCAUGGCAAUUCCUCCAAGAAAGGCCAUUGAUGUUCCCUUCGGCCGCAACUACGUCCCAACUUGGGCUUUCGACCACCAGAAGCAGUUCAAUGGCGGUUCCGAACUUCAGCUUAUCCUCGACAAAUAUACUGGGACAGGGUUUCAAUCGAAAGGGUCAUAUUUGUUCGGACAUUUCAGUAUGCACAUAAAGCUGCCGGCUGGAGACACUGCCGGAGUGGUCACAGCUUUCUAUCUAUCGUCUACGAACAAUGAGCAUGAUGAGAUAGACUUCGAGUUUCUCGGGAACAGAACGGGACAACCAGCGAUAUUGCAGACGAAUGUGUUCACAGGAGGAAAAGGAAACAGAGAACAGCGGAUCUAUCUUUGGUUCGACCCUUCAAAGGCUUAUCAUACUUACUCCAUCCUCUGGAAUCUCUACCAAAUUGUAUUCUUUGUUGACAACAUACCAAUCCGUGUGUUCAAGAACGCAAAGGAUCUUGGAGUGCGUUUCCCAUUCAACCAACCGAUGAAACUGUACUCGAGCCUUUGGAACGCGGAUGAUUGGGCCACGAGAGGUGGUUUAGAGAAAACCAAUUGGGCUAAUGCACCAUUCAUAGCAUCAUACAGAGGAUUCCACAUCGACGGUUGCCAAGCUUCUGUCGAGGCCAAGUACUGUGCGACUCAAGGCCGCAUGUGGUGGGACCAGAAGGAGUUUCAAGACCUUGACGACUACCAAUACCGUCGUCUCAAAUGGGUCCGCAUGAAGUGGACCAUCUACAACUAUUGUACCGACCGGUCUAGGUUCCCGGUUAUGCCAGCGGAAUGUAAAAGGGACAGAGACGUGUGA